AUGCAUUUUUUACAGAUGCUUCUCCUUUUGGCAAAGCAGCGCCGCCGACCAGUGAUUUGGGCUUUCCCUCGUGCCAAUGAGUGGUGGAAUGUGACCGUCCCAGGAUUCACCCACAGACAGUGGGUGCAGAAUUUAAGGAUGUCAGAGGAAACCUUCUCAUUCCUUUGUGCAAAGCUACGUCCAGUGAUGGAAAAGAAAAGCACCAACUUCAGAGCCUGUUUGCCUGUAAGGAAAAGAAUUGCCAUUGCACUGUGGAAGCUGGCUACCAACAGUGAAUACAGGAGUAUAGGUCAUCUUUUUGGUGUCAGCAAAUCAUCAGUGUGCCGGUGUGUGCAGGACUUCUGUAAGUCUGUGUGCACAUUGCUAGCGCCUGAAAUUGUUCAUUUUCCUAACAGGGAAAAGCUCAAAGACAUGGCUGAGUACUUUGAGAACAGGUGGGGCCUUCCACAGUGUGUUGGUGCUAUUGAUGGCUCACACAUACCAAUAAUAGCACCACAAGAAUACCACACUGACUACUUCAACCGAAAAGGCUGGCAUUCCAUCAUCCUCCAGGGAGUAGUGGAUGGCAAGGGACUAUUCUGGAAUGUGAAUGUAGGAAAGCCUGGGAGUUUGCAUGAUGCUCGGGUUCUCCGAUUGUCAACAUUAUGGGAUUGGGUUGGCCAGGGAGGCCUGUACCCUGUUAGCACUAAGAACAUUUGUGGGGUGAAUGUUGGCUAUUAUGUGCUUGGGGACUCUGCCUAUCCUUUACAAAAUUGGCUCCUGAAACCAUUUCCAGACAAUGGGCGCCUAACAACAGAGCAGCAAAUCUACAACAAGAAAACAUCCAGGGCACGUGUUGUAGUGGAAAAUGCGUUUGGAAGACUUAAGGGUAGAUGGAGGUGUCUUAUGAAGAGGAAUGACAGUGACAUACAACUAACCAAAUCCAUGGUCCUAACGUGCUGUGCUCUUCACAAUCUUUGUGAAAGUCAUGGAGAAGACUUUGACCAGGAUUGGAAUACAUCUCCAGAAGAGCCAGUACCAGUAAUAGCAGCACAGGAUAUGGAAGAAGAGUGCAGUGAAAUACGUCAGGCUCUGAUGAGGCACCUUAACGUUAACGUUGUUACCGUGAAUAAUUAA